AUGGUUAACGGCCCUCCCCUCAGAAAUUAUCUCCGGCACCGUACAUCCGAUCUUGACGAAACUUUCCGUAAAUGUUCGGCACAAUGAGUUACGGGAAUGAAAAGUUUUUUUGUUUCCAAGUCUUACGGUUUAGAAGUUUUCCAGAGAUCAAGAUCCAAAAAGGAUCCUGAACGGCGUCCCAAGAUUUUUUAAUAUACUUCAAGCUGGAGAGUUCGGGUUUGUUUUAUUUUAAACUAGACACCUAACUACAUCGACUGACCGGCGC